AUGGCUUCUUCAAAUUAUUCAAUAAUGUGGAAUUACUUCAGAAAAGUGGAUGAUUCUAGUGUAGGUGUUUGCAAAUUAUGUGAUACUGUUGUGAAAACCGGUGGCAAUACGACCAAUUUAAAACAGCAUCUCAAACGUAAACACCCGGGAAUUCAAAUUCCGAAUCCAAAAACAAAAACUCGCAAAGUAAACACCACAACUACUGCAGUUGAUAAUGAUGAACCAGAUGAAGAUGGUGCUCUACUUGUUCAAUCCAUAUCUGGUACUCAAACCACAUUAGAUUCAAUGAUAGCUUCUACGUCUCGACCAGUAUCGCAAUGUUCCAUGCAAACUGAAGCUGAUUCGGUUAUUUCGAGAACCAGUGAUUCAGUUUCUGUGGUAUCGAGUUUUACUUCAACUAGCAGAUCGUCAUCGAGUUUAAGUUCAAGAUUAAUUCAACCUACAAUUGAUCAAUCAAUUAGGGACUUGAGAUCUUAUGAAAGUGGUGGUGCUAAAAGUGUACCAAUCACAAACGCAUUGGUCUAUAUGUUGGUCAAGGAUAAUUUGCCGUUGUCAUCAACUGAAAAAGAAGGUUUCAAGUACUUUAUGAAAAAAGUUGUACCAUUGUAUAAAGUUCCAAGUAGAAAGACGGUAACAGAACUUAUUAGUUCUAAGUAUGACGUUUUAUCCCUCCACAUUAAAAAUAAGUUAUCUUUAGUUGAAAGUAUUACACUCACUACAGAUGUAUGGACUGAUACGACAAAUACUAAAAGUUACCUAGGUAUGACAGUCCAUUUCCUUAGUUUAUGCAAAUUAAAGUUGGAAAGCGUAACUCUUGGAGUGCUAGAGCUUGGUGAACGUCAUACAUCGGCAAAUAUUGUUGGAUGGCUGAAUGAUAUACUUAGGACAUGGGAUAUUGACAAACAUCAAGUUUUUUUGGUUGUCACUGAUAAUGGUGCAAAUAUUAAAAAUGCAGUGUAUGAACGUUUUGGUAAAGAUAAACAUUUGCCUUGCUUUGCGCACACACUCAAUCUUGUCGUGCAAGAUGCUUUAGACCAUACUGAAGACAUUGCCAUUAUCAUUAAUAAGGUAAAACAUUUGGUGACAUUCUUCAAACAGUCUGUAUCGGCAUCUGAUGAGCUGCAUAAAGUUUGCAAAUUAAAACUUAAGCAAUCUGUUCCUACUCGGUGGAACUCUGUGUAUAUAAUGUUAGAAAGAUUUAUUAAUUGUUCAGACUUUGUAGCGUCUACUAUUGUGAAAUUUCCUAAAGGUCCUCCCAUGCUAUCUGGUUGUGAACUCUUUAGUGCCAAAGAAGUUAUGAAUUUGCUUAAACCUUUUGAAGCUGCUACUAAAGAGUUGUCCGGCCAAAAUUAUGUUACAGGAAGCAAGAUUAUCCCCUUAAUGCAUUGUCUAGCAAAAAAAAUAGACCCAAUUACAGUCACUAGUGUCGUUUCUUCAAAUUUAAAGGAAAAUUUAAUUAAUAAUUUAAAAACCCAUUUUGGUAGAGUCCAGUAUCUAGAAAUUCUUUCUAUUGCUACAAUUUUAGAUCCUAGGUUUAAGAUGUUACAUUGUAAUGACCCUAUAGCUUCUUCUAGAGCCAUGUCUAAAAUUAAAAAAAAAAUAUUAGAUCUUCGAACUGAGAAUAGUGAGACCAGUUCAAAUGCAGCUGUUUCAUCUUCAGAUGAAGAUGACCCAAACAGUUUAUGGUCUGUCCAUAAAGAACUGGUAACAAAAAAAGCCUUGAACGAACCUAGUUGUAGUGAAAUGCCAACUGAUUUGAAACACUAUUUGAACCAACCCACACUGCCUUUAGGGGAUGAUGUUUUAAAGUUCUGGGAUACUCAUGGACCCAUAUAUCCAUAUUUAAAGAAAAUAGUAGAUCCCUACUUGUCAAUGGUAGCCACAUCGGUACCUUCUGAACGGAUUUUUUCCAAAGCAGGACAAAUUAUGACCGAUAUUCGUAAUCGAUUGACCGGUGAUAAUCUCAACAAACUUUUAUUCCUUGGAUCUCAACCAGAAAAUGAUUGGCAUUUAGAAUAA